AUGCCGGCGAAGCGCAAACAGGCGAGGAGAACGACGAAACGCGUGGCGGGCUUCCCUGUGGUGCCACCGAGUGCCGAGGGCUUGGCCGAAGAGCCCCUCGCAAAGCUCAAGGAUGCACUGGGGGCAGAGGUGGGUGCUGGGGCGCUUGCAGGCGCGGCUCAUCUCAUGCUGCGAAGGGGCCGGUGCGUGCUGGCACACUCUGACGGCUUUGCGAACGUGCGCACGAAGCAGCCCUUUGGCCUCCGCACGCUCUGCCGCCUGCAUGGCUGCACAAAGCCGCUGGUAGCUGCAGCCUUCCUUACUCUCGUCGACAAGGGCAAGGUAAAGCUGGCAGAUCCGAUCGGCAAGUACAUCAACUUCUCGGGGGAGGUCAGCGGGAAGGGGCCUGGAAAGAGACUGAGAUUGAAGGCUCGCAAGGUUAAAGUUCAACCAACUCUCCGGCAUCUGCUCACGAUGACGGCUGGACUUCAGUAUCAGGACUGUCCAGCUUACGCCAAGACCAUGCGUCGCAUCAAACAGAGACGGGUGCAGGACCUCGCCUCGAUGUGCGAAGAGCUUGCAGCCCAGCCAUUGCAAAGCGAGCCAGGAUCUCGCUACACCUACAGUUUCUGCACUGACAUGAUCGGCAGAGUCUGUGAAGCCGUCAGUGGCAAGCGUCUGGACAAGUUUGUGAACGAAGCCCUUCUUUCACCUCUGGGGAUGCGAGACACCUUCUUCGAAGUGCCAGCGAAGAAGAGGAAACGAGAAGCAGUCCUGUACGACUGCCAGCGAAGCGGUGGCGGAAAGUACGUGCCGAAGGUCUGGAGCCAGCCCGGAAAGGCCGUCCCGAUCAUGAGCGCCGGUGGAGGGAUCUUGAGCUACAACGAUCCGGGGAUGUGGAGCACCGUGGAGGAUUACGCCAAGUUCUGCCAGAUGCUUCUCACCGGGAAAUCCCCCACAGGGGCAGCGAUCCUGAGACCUAGCACCAUGAAGGCACUCUGGUCCGACAGCCUUGCGGUUUACGGGCAAAAGGAUGGUCGUCUGCCUGGAUGGCACGAUGCUGAUGGCAAGGCCAAAGGUGGAAUGUGGGACUAUACCGGCUGGUCGCUCUUGAACACCCACUUGACCUUCAAGCAGAUGCCAUCACCGAGCAAGAGAGCCCGGGUGGGACAGACCAUGUGGAUGGGAGGUGGGGGCGGUUGUUUCUGGGUGGUGGACAAGGGCAACAAGACCUGCGCAAUCUCCUUUUCGCAGAGCUUCGGUGGGCGUGCGCAGACUGAUGCAGCCAAGGACGCAGCAGUCUUUUUGGAGGCUCCACCGUCCGACAACCUCUACAUUGCUGACCUUCCGCCGGGCUUCACUGCGGAAAGCCUCCAAGCCAUCUUCCAAGAGUACGGGAACAUCUCCCAGUUCAAGCUCCUGCAGAACUCCGGCCCGGGCGGAAAGACCGCGGCUCUCGUGAGAUUUCAGUCCGUCGAAGAGGCAACCUGGCUGGUGGAGAACUUGAAUCACAACAUUCCGCAAGGGCUGAGCUCUCCUGUUAUCGUGAAGUGA